CGAAGACUGAUACCGGUUAUAUUACCGUUUCCUGCCCUUCAAAUGACACUGCUGUUCCAGUAAGCGUAGUGUGCUGAUUGUUCUAUCACUUGCGACAACGACGACGACGAUAUGAGCAAAAUUGGAAUCAACGGAUUUGGCCGUAUCGGUCGCCUGGUGCUCCGGGCCGCUCUCGAUAAUGGUGCUCAGGUCGUUGCCAUCAAUGAUCCAUUCAUUGGUGUGGAUUACAUGGUAUACAUGUUCAAGUAUGAUUCUACGCACGGUAAAUUCAAGGGAGAAGUAAAAGUUGAAAGCGGUGCCUUGGUCAUUAAUGGCCAAAAGAUAGCCGUGUUCGGUGAACGUGACCCGAAGGCAAUCCCAUGGUCAAAAGCUGGAGCAGAAUACAUCGUCGAAUCUACUGGUGUCUUCACCACCAUAGAGAAAGCUUCCGCUCAUUUGGAAAACGGUGCGAAAAAGGUCAUCAUUAGCGCUCCAUCGGCCGAUGCGCCUAUGUACGUCUGCGGUGUCAACUUGGACAGUUACGAUCCAUCCCACAAAGUUAUUUCCAAUGCUUCUUGCACAACCAACUGUCUAGCUCCUCUCGCUAAAGUCAUCCACGAUAACUUCGAAAUUAUCGAAGGUCUCAUGACGACCGUGCAUGCCAUCACCGCUACCCAGAAGACGGUCGAUGGACCUUCCGCAAAACUGUGGAGAGAUGGACGUGGUGCCGCACAAAAUAUUAUUCCUGCCGCAACUGGAGCAGCCAAGGCUGUCGGCAAAGUCAUUCCGGCUCUGAACGGCAAAUUGACUGGUAUGGCGUUCCGUGUGCCAGUCCAUAAUGUGUCGGUCGUCGACCUGACUGUCAGACUUAACAAGCCAGCGACCUACGAUGCCAUCAAAGCCAAGAUCAAGGAAGCUUCUGAGGGACCCAUGAAGGGUAUCCUGGGAUACACGGAAGACGAAGUAGUAUCUUCCGACUUCAUCGGUGAUAACCGUUCCAGUAUUUUUGACGCUAAAGCCGGAAUAUCUCUGAACGACAACUUCGUCAAGUUAAUUUCGUGGUACGACAACGAGUUCGGUUAUUCAAACCGUGUUAUUGACUUGAUUAAAUACAUUCAAACGAAAGAUUAAGGAGAUCGUCGUUCGUUACACUUGCAACGUGUGUAUAAUAAUGUUUAUUAUAUGAGCAUAUCUCUCUGUUAAUCAUCAAAUCCAAAAACGAACGUAUAACAUCGAGAAUAUUUUAGCAUUACAAUUUUUCUCGCACAGUUAAUAGAACCGUAACGAAUAGAUAUUGAUUAUUAAACAAGUACAAAAAGAAUGUAAGUUUUUUCGAUUCCUUAAAUAUUAAUUGAUUGGAGCUUUUAUCCACAGUUUAAAAAUGAUGCAAAUAUAAUAUACAUGUAAUACGAAUUACAUAGUUGUGUAUGGAACGUAAAUCAUUCUAUUCUUUGUAAGCACAGGUUUGCUUUCGAUAAUUUAUUCAUUCAUCGACAACAUUCACGAUUAAGACUUAAUAAAAACUUGUGAUUUAUUUCCGUAAUAUUGUCAUGCGCAUAGACAUCGAUUAAAACUGUUACGAAAUUAA